UCUGCUGGUUUGCAGGAGCAGCAAAAUUCAGAUAGAGACGUGUUUACACCGCUGAUGGAAACAUGUCUGUGAAGACACUGGGCACAGCGUUGACCCGCACACUGUGGACCACGGGGAACCAGAGGGUUCCUCCUGUUGUCAGGUCCACCAAAUUAAGCAGACUGUCCAGCACAUGCAGUGCGUCCGGACGGGGCAAACAAAGUUGCGGCACGUCAGACUCCGACAGGCCGAGGUCCGACGUGCCUUCGUCCUGCAACAGCGAGCCUCCCCCCGGCCUAAAGAAGCGACCCAAGAAGCCCGUGGGCGCCCCCGGCGUCGGUGCCGAGAGAGGACGGCGCUACACCUCCACGGCAGCGCCCAUGGACCAGAGGUCUUACCUGUGGUCGCGGUACAAUGACAUGAAACGGCUAGUCCAAGAGCUGCUCCCACCAGGUGCGUGUAAGACCCUCAACUCCGCGGCCAUCUACGCAAACAACGAGGUGAGCCUGGGCGAGGUGGACAUCUACGGCUUUGACUAUGACUACACACUGGCUCUGUACUCCAACGCUCUCAACACAAUGAUCUACAACACGGCAAAAGACUUUCUCAUUGAGCACUUCAAGUACCCUGAAGGCAUCCGCAAAUAUGAUUACAUUAACAACUUUGCCGCUCGAGGUCUUCACUACGACAUCCAAAAGGGUCUUCUGAUGAAGAUUGAUGCCUUCCAUUAUAUCCAGCCAGGAACUGUGUAUCGCGGACUGAGUCCACUCUCGGACGAGGAGGUCCUUCAGCUCUUCGGGGGAACGUUCCAUGUCCCCCUGCAGCAGGACAGUGGCUUUUAUGGAAAGGGUCCGAGAGUGAAGCAGUACAUGGACAUCUUCUCCAUCCCCGAGAUGACUUUAAUGGCUGUGGCAAACGAUUUUUUCGUCACCAAUGACAUUGACUAUGAUCCAGUUCACCUCUUCAAAGAUGUUUCUGAAGCGAUCGGCAUGGUUCACCUCAAAGGCUUCAUGUACAAAUGGGUCAUGCAAGAUCUGGACAAGUACAUUCUGAGAGGAGAAGAGACGGAUGCCGUUUUGCACCGGCUGGUCAGUCAGGGAAAGAAACUCUUCCUCAUCACCAACAGCCCGUUCAGCUUUGUUGAUAAAGGAAUGAUACACAUGGUGGGAAAAGACUGGAGAGACUUCUUUGAUGUUAUCAUUGUCCAGGCGGACAAACCUCAUUUCUUCACUGAUUGUAUCAAGCCUUUCAGACGCUUGGAUAGCAACGGAGACCUUCGAUGGGAGAAGAUCAAGAGUUUGGACAAAGGACAGAUCUACAAACAGGGAAACCUGGUUGACUUUCUCAAGCUGACAGGCUGGCGCGGGUCGAAGGUGCUUUACUUUGGAGAUCACCUUUACAGUGACUUGGCCGACCUGACGUUGCGACACGGCUGGCGUACUGGGGCCAUCGUACCUGAGCUGGAGCUGGAAACCAAAGUGGUAUGCACAGAGCGGUAUGCGCUGAACCUCACCUGGCUUCAGGCUCUCACCGGCCUGCUGGAGCAACUACAGACACACCGAGACCCAGACUCCAAACAAGUUUUUCAGGAAUGGCAGAACGAGCGAGAAGAACUCAGGAUAAUGACAAAGAACCUGUUCAACCCUCAGUUUGGCAGCAUCUUCAGAACAUGCCACAACCCCACCUACUUCUCCAGGCGUCUGUGUCGCUUCUCAGACAUCUACAUGGCUUCGCUGAGCUGUCUUUUGAAUUACGACCACGACUUCACGUUCUACCCACGCCGCACCCCACUGCAGCAUGAGGCUCCUCUGUGGAUGGAUCAGCUUUGCACAGGCUGCAGGAAGACGCCAUUCCUGGAAGAGAUGUCUCAGAUACGGUGAGAGCUGAGCUCUCCUCUGAUACUGACCGAUAAGGAAUUCAGAAUUUUAGGCCUGAUGAACACUUGAGCUAUAUGGAGGAUUUUUUUUUUUCAUGUGCCAUUUUUAAGCCAAGAUGGUGCAACUCAACUCUCUCUACACAAAUGCUGCACUACAAAGUGACCCAUUUACAUAGGGAAUGCACUAGAGGGUGCUGUAGGUCUACUGUUACCCAAAGAGUAUGCAAAUCAGUUUUAACGUGUUGUGGUACAAGAUUGACAUACUCUGAUUUUUGCCUCAAUGUAUUAUGGAUUAGGCUGCAAACGCACAAAUAUAACAAAUAAAUAAAAUGAUAUAUGACAGAAA